GGAGUGAAUCGUGCAUGUUUUGGAAACUCCUCCGAGUCUACUCCCGUGGGGUCUAGGAGGUGUGUUCCUCAGUAUUUCAGCGAGUUUCUUUAUCGACUUAUUCACUUCCUACUUUCUGACCACACAAGAAAGCGAAAGAUCUCGCCUUUGCUUGAUUCGCGAGAGACGAUUGGCUGGCGGCGCCUCUUCUGCGCAGUUUACCGCUGCAUUCUUUAACUGCGCUCGCUCAGCUCAGGUGGCCACGGGGGCUGCUGUUGUUUUACAGGGUGCACCCACCAAUAUGGUUCGGCAGACGGAUUUAUAUGUCUGGCAUUAGAUUCGGAGCUCUAAAUACCCGAUUUCGUAAACACCACUGUAACGAAACAUGGAGUUUUCUGAGCUCAUCAAAACAAGCUAUGUGGACAACGUGGUCCUGAGCCGGCCCUUCCGCCCUCCUGUCAAGGGGACCCUGUGCGUGACCAGCCACCACAUACUGCUGUCCAGUCGACAAGAACGUGAACAAGAUGCGGAUCUGGGCCCAGACGAGGAAGAGGGGGACACACUAGAGCUCCUACUGCUGCUCAAGGGCAUCGAUGCUGUGGAGAAAAGAUCCACAGGUUCUUAUGGGACUAUUACUAUCAAAUGUAAAGAUCUUUGCAUUUUUCAACUGGAGAUUCCUGGUAUGACAGAAUGUUUAAACAUCGCCAGCUCCAUUGAGGCCUUGUCAGCGCUGGAGUCAGUGACUGAGUUGUAUCCAUUCUUCUACAGGCCGGAGACAAUGAAAAUAGAACAAAAAAUACCCCAGGACUCCUCAGAAGAACUCUUUGGCCAGAUAGCUCACCAUGCAGACAAGUGGAGGCUGAGCUCCGUAAAUAAAGAUUUCUCAGUGUGUCCAACAUACCCUGAAGCAGUCAUUGUGCCAAAACAGAUUUCUGAUGAAGUGCUGAUGGCUGCAGCCAAAUUCCGACAGGGAGGAAGAUUUCCUGUUCUCAGCUACUAUCACAAAAAAACGGGCAAGGUAAUAAUGCACAGUAGUCAGCCUCUGGUUGGAGCACAAAAGAAACGCUGCCAGGAAGAUGAGGAGCUGCUGGGGGCAGUGCUAAACAACUCAGAACGGGGCUUCAUUGUGGACACCAGGUCAGCUCAGCUAGCUCAACAGGCCAGGAUCACGGGAGGAGGUUUUGAAUCCAAAUCAAAUUACCACAACUGGAAGCGGCUUCAUCGGAAUCUGGAGAGGGGAAAGAAUCUUCAAGAGAGUUUGAUCAAGCUGGUGGAUGCCUGUAAUGACCAGACUAACAACAUGGACCGGUGGCUGAGCAAGCUGGAAAAUUCCAAGUGGUUGUCUCAUGUCCAGAGCACACUGAGCACAGCCUGUUUGGUGGCCGAAUGCGUUGAAAGGGAAGGCUGUCCUGUUUUGGUCCAUGGCUCCGAUGGCACCGACACCACUCUGUUGGUCACUUCAUUGGCACAGCUAGUCUUGGACCCAGAAUGCCGAACACUUGUUGGCUUCCAAGCACUGAUUUGUCGGGAAUGGUUACAAGCAGGACAUCCUUUCCAACAGCGCUGUACCCAUCUGGCUCUGUCUCAUGCCAGGCUGCGUAAUGAAGCCCCGAUUUUCCUGCUCUUCUUGGACUGCUGCUGGCAGCUGCAUCACCAGUUUCCCCUGGCAUUUCAGUUUAAUGAGACCCUACUGAUACGAUUUGCCCAAGAAGCUUACUUUUCCAACUUUGGAACUUUUCUUUGUGACAGCGAAAAGGACAGGUAUGCAUUCCAGGUAAGAGAGAAAACCUUCUCCUUUUGGGACUGGAUGAACAAUCCUGCCAUGCUGAAGACAUUCACCAAUCCUCUUUAUCAGCGAAAUGAGCUGGUCAUUUGGCCAUCUGUGUGGCCGCACAGUCUGCAACUCUGGCAAGGUUUUUUCUUCAGGUGGAUCUCCUGUUCCAAGUUUGUGGAAGAAGCACAAGAGGAAAUCCAGCGCAUUGUGAGACACUACAGCAGUUGUAUUAAACUGAACAAGAAAGCGGCUCUUCAUGAUGAAUGAUGCUCAGUUGUUUGCAUCUUCUUUGAUGGUUCAGAUAAAUUAAGGCUAAGAAAACAUUUGUUGAAAACUGCUUUAAAACAGAAAGGCAUUCUGUUUCAUGGCUUUAUUAAAGACUUUUAAACUUGAGAAUUUCCAUUGAAGCUGCAAACACCUCUUGAAAUUUGUGAAGUAGAUUUAUUAAUGAAAAGGAGAUGACAUAUUUAUACUUCAAAUUCAAAUUCAAAGUACUGUGGGUCAAAGUAAUGUAUCCUCACAUAGCCGUCUUCACCACCACUGCUGUAACUGUGGAGAAAAAAUGUAAAAAAAAAAAAAAAAAAAAACACUUAAAA